AUGAUGAAUCAGACUCCAAUGGUGGAAUUCUUGCUCAUGAGAUUCACUGAGAAUUGGGUGCCGUUGAGUCUGCAUGCUGUGCUCUUCUCCCUGAUCUACCUGGUAGCCAUGUUGGAGAAUUUAAUUAUGGUCCUCCUCACAAUUCUUGACCGACACCUCCAUACCCCUAUGUACUUUUUCCUCAGGCAUUUGUCCUUCUUGGAUCUGUGUCUCAUUUCUGCCACAGUCCCCAAAUCCAUCCUCAACUCCAUCACCCUCACCAACUCCAUCUCUUUCAUGGGGUGUGUGUUGCAGCUCUUUCUCGUGGUGCUGUUGGCUGGGUCAGAGAUUAGCAUCCUCACUGCCAUGUCCUGUGACCGCUAUGUUGCCAUCUGCCGCCCUCUGCACUAUGAGGCUAUCAUGAGCAGAAGGUCCUGUGUUCAGUUGCUGGCUGUGUCUUGGCUCAGCGGUGGGAUCUUGGGAAUCUUGUACUCAGCUGGGACAUUCUCUCUGAAUUUCUGUGGCUCCAAUAUGAUACAUCAGUUCUUCUGUGAUGUACCUGCCCUACUAAAGCUCACUUGUUCUAAAGAACAUACCACCAUUAGUGUCAGCGUGGCCAUUGGGGUCUGUUAUGCAUUUUCAUGUCUACUUUGCAUUAUAGUCUCCUAUGUGUAUAUUUUCUCCGCUGUGUUAAGACUCACAUCCAGGCAGAGCCAAUCCAAAGCCUUUUCCACCUGCGUGCCUCACCUCAUUGUUGUGAGCGCAUUUCUUGUAACAGGUGCUGUUGCUUAUUUAAAGCCAGUCUCUGAUGUGCCUUCUAUUCUAGACUUGCUGGUGUCUGUGUUCUAUUCUAUUGUACCCCCUACCUUGAACCCUGUUAUUUACUGUCUGAGGAACAAGGACAUUAAAUUGGCUCUAGGUAAAGUCCUGUGGAAUGUUAGAAGUGGAGUAAUGAAAAGAUGA